AUGACGACCAUCAGGCGCAAGGUGCACGAAGCGAGUAAUAAGACAAAGUCCAAGGCACAGGCAGCUGUCGAGUUUUCGAAGCAAGCUGAGCGCCUCGGCCAGUAUUCGUCGAGCCAGGAAGACGACACAUCUGGCUCAACUCUGGCUGUCGAGGCUCGAUUCAUCACUGCACAAGAUCCAGUUAUUCAGACAGCAGAUGGCAGCCGGCUGCCGUCAGUACCCAUCGAAGAAGCUACGAAACUAAAUAGGCUCAAGGAUAUCCUCGAAGACCGCGACCCUGCAGAAAGAGAACCAGUUUCGGGUGGAUUUCGCGAAUCAAGAGACGGAACUAUUCAUGGAGUACAGCCUGGUAAACGCAAUGAAAAGAACCAAAAGAAGGGAACCGAUGCCCCUCUUGGCGAGUCCCAAGCUCCAUCCAAGACGAAUCCAAUGUUUCCCCCUGUGCCUGUGUACGGUCCACCAAGCACAUUGAGAAAGCUCCAUUGCUUCCAAUUACGCGUUUCGGCCGCCAUCCUCUCUUUCUGCUUUCUGUUGGUUAUCAUACUAGGCGCAGCCUUUACUUCCAUUCCUAUGGCUGCAAGACACAUCUGGAUCAGAUUGAAAGGACAGAACCCAGACAAGCGUCGACCAUUUUUCGAAGAAGAGGAAAGACGGAAAAAGACACGAAGAGCUGCUGAAGUGGCAUGGAAGAAGCAACACGUAAAAGAGACUGUAAAAUCAGCGGAUGGCAAUGAGGAAGGCACAGAAGGCGACGAAUUUGUGCCUUUGGAAGGUGGUCCAGAUGAGCUGAAGUGCGAUGUGCGUUAUUACGCGCGCCGAGUUGGGUUGGAUUGUGAGAUCUUCGAGGUGCAGACUGAGGAUGGCUUCAUCAUCGACCUCUGGCAUCUCUACAACCCGCGCGACUACGAACGUACUGAUGAGUCCGAACGAGCGUCGCACGCACCCGAUGUUUUCAGACGGAGUACCUCAUGUACCGGCGUGCCCGGAUUGCAGUAUCCACCGGGCAACAAGAAGUAUCCAAUCUUGAUGAUUCAUGGGCUCCUGCAGUCAGCUGGAGCUUAUUGCACGAACGAUGAUGACAGUCUCGCAUUCUUCCUUGCGAAGAGCGGUUACGAUGUCUGGCUCGGUAACAAUAGGUGCGGCUUCAAUCCCCGACACAAACUGCUCGACUAUAGCGAUCCGAGAAUGUGGGCUUGGAACAUCCGACAAAUGGGCGUUAUGGAUUUGCCCGCGCUCAUCUCACGCGUCCUCUCCGAGACUGGCUUUGAGAAGCUUGGUCUUAUUGCGCACAGUCAGGGCACCACGCAAAGCCUCGUUGCCAUGGCUAAGGAACAGCGGCCAGAGAUUGGCGACAAGAUCUCCGUAUUUUGUGCCCUCGCACCAGCUGCAUACGCGGGUCCAUUGAUUCAGAAGGCCUACUUCAAGUUCAUGCAGGUCAUUUCGCCUGCCAUGUUUCGAGUUGUCUUCGGUAUACAGGCCUUUAUACCCUUCAUGAUGACCAUGCACUCCCUGCUCCCGGGUAAGUUGUAUGGCGCCAUGGGCUAUCGUGUGUUCUCUUUCCUCUUCAAUUGGACAGACGAUCGUUGGGAUCAAGAUCUCCGAGACCGCUUGUUCCAGUUCUCGCCUGUCUACGUCAGUGCCGAAAGUAUGAGGUGGUGGCUUGGACGCGAGUGUUUUGCAAAGCAUAAGUGUAUCCUAUCUACCCGAGAAGAGAAGAUGAUCGAAGAAAAGGAAGACGAAGAAGAGGACAGAUCCAGAUCACGCUCAAGAGACAACUCGGAUGAAGAAGGGACAGACGACUCGCAGCCAGGUGACAGCGCGCUCGAUGAGAAGAACCGCAGCUCACGCAGGCGGGACGGCAGCCGCGCCCGUUUUGCUUGGUAUGGCCCGCACACACCACCCUUCGCUCUCUGGGUAUGUGGCGCAGAUGACCUCGUUGAUGGUCGCCGCCUUCUGCGCCGCUUUGAGCGCAACCGUGAACCGUUCGUGGACGUUGUUCAUUCCAAAGUGAUCGAGGGCUACGAACAUCUGGAUGUUAUUUGGGCCAUGGAUGCUAUUGAAAAGGUCGGGAAAGAGAUCAGAGAGGUGCUGUGGAAAACAGCUCCUGAAGAAGCUAGGAAGUUAUGCCGCACACCGAGGGGAUGUGAGGAUGUUCAAGACUUCUAUCAACGCAGCGAUAAGCUGAGGGAGGACGCGACAAGGAAAGUAGACGCCACAGCUGGGGAGUGGAGUGAGAAAGGUGCCGAGCAGGUCAAGGGCUCAGCACAGAUCGGAGGUGGCGAUGGGAAGGGGUACGAAGCUUUGAAGACCGUCAAAGCGUCGGACGCAAGAGAUGAGUAG